AAGAUUUAUUGUAAAUAAAUUGCUAUUUUUCGUUUCCUUAGUCUUUUGUGAUUGAUGAAAGUAUCAGAGGGGCAAGGAAGAUAGAAGUAUGCUAGAUUUGAAGAAAAUGGGAGAGAAAAAAUAUUGAAGUUUCUGCAUUUGUGCGGAGGAUUUAGGAGUUACUUGUUUUGAAUGUUUAACUCAGGCAUGCUAUUGUUUUGCACUUUAAUUUUGGGAUAAUCAGUUUUCCUUGACUAAAAACACUUCAGUCACAAGAUCAACAUUUAUGGUAACUCAUCAAAGGAGGUAUCAACGUACGAGGAAGAUAUGUGCAUGAACAGGGAAAAAGUUGGAUUGGAUGCUGCUGGCAAGACAACCAUUCUGUAUAAACUGAAGUUAGGGGAGAUAGUCACCACCAUUCCUACUAUUGGUUUUAACGUGGAAACAGUAGAAUAUAAGAACAUUUGUUUCACAGUAUGGGAUGUUGGUGGUCAAGAUAGAAUUAGGCCUCUCUGGAAGCAUUACUUCCAGAAUACCCAGGGACUUAUUUUUGUGGUAGACAGCAAUGAUCGUGAAAGAAUUCAGGAAGUAGCAGAUGAGCUGCAGAAAAUGCUUCUGGUAGAUGAGUUGAGAGAUGCAGUGCUACUGCUUUUUGCAAACAAACAAGAUUUGCCAAAUGCUAUGGCCAUCAGUGAAAUGACAGAUAAACUAGGGCUUCAGUCUCUUCGUAACAGAACAUGGUAUGUUCAAGCCACUUGUGCAACACAAGGGACUGGUCUGUAUGAAGGACUUGACUGGCUGUCAAAUGAGCUUUCAAAACGUUAAAUGAAACUGGAUAUCUAACCAAGGACAUGUUUGAUAAAAUUGGCCUAGGCUUGUUACAACAAAAUUAGUUUGUAUCUUGGUUAUUAAACAGUAUCUGGGACUCGGUUGGGCAGAAUAUUAUUUUGUUGCCAAUUAUUGUUUACCAAGUAUAAUGUUGCUAUUUAGCAAUUGUGCUUGGUUUUAAAGAAAUUCUCCUUGGGAAAAAAGUAUCCUUUUUAAAUUUUACUUCCCGUAAGUGUAAAUGCCUGGACAUAGCUAUUGUGAAACCUUUAAAUAAAUUGGUUUGAGUGCUUUUUAAGCCCCAGAUAAAUAAUGUUUUAAAGUUAUCCCCUUGCUACUUUACUGAUACCUUUAUCAUUCCUGAGACAGUCUGCUAAUUUAAAAAUGUAGCAUUCCAUUUGUAUUUAUUUCUCUCUCUUGCCAAAAAGAUUUUCUAAUACUGCUUGUACCAGCCACAGAAAGAUCCAAAACACUACUCAGCUCUCUUGCACUGAGGAAAUUUUUUCCCCCUACAUUGACUCCUGGCCUACAUCAGCUAAACUUAUACCUUGGUGGGGUUUGGAUUUGAUAGCUAAUUAGUUCUGUGCUGGCUGCAAAGAAUUGAGAUUUAGAUGGUUUUAAAUACUCAGCAGAUUGUCUUCCUUUAUAUUGUGUCUUUUUUAUGUUGCAUGUUGCUUUUGUUAUCAGCCUGAUUUUUUGCUCAGUAUAUGAGAGUUCUGCUGAUGUUUUGUUUAUUGAGCAGACAUACCUUCAUUAAGAGUUUUUGGAAAACUCAUCAAAUUUGAUGAAUACAUUUUCUGCAUAACCCAUUUGGAAUUAUUCCUAAUAAAAUGAUAAAAUACGUAA